AUGAAUGUAGCCGUGCAAACUGACGAGGUUGAGACGAAGCAUUUCUCGUGUCAAACUGAGGAGGAAAAGGGGAAGUGGCAUGAUUACGAAAAAGACGUGGAGAUCAUUGAAGAGGCGAAUAAGCCUGCAGAUGAAAACUCCAUGUUCAUUUGUAGGACACGCCCUGAUAAGUCGGGGAACAAGAUGAAGCAUCAAUCUACACAGACCGCUAAGAUAAACAAGGAUAAAGCCAUUCAAACAGAUUGGAUAGUGCAUAGGAUAGAAAUCGAUGAAUCGAGACUCCAAGGUUAUGAGAUUUAUCUACAUCAUUUGGCCAGACAUCAAUUUUUGUUGAAAUGGAACAAGGAAUUCGAGGCCCCACCUAUACUUACCGACAUUGAGGAGAACUCCACAAAUAAGAUUGGGGAGAAAAUCGAAGGGUGGAAGACAUGGAAGGUAGGCGAAUUCCAUUGGGACGAAGAAAAUAACAACGACGAAAAACUCAAGGAAGGAGGUCAAAGAAAAGGGAAAUCUUGGAGUGGCGGUGAAUUAAAAAUAGACUACGAGAAUAAGCAGAAACAAGGAGGAUCGAUCAAAACGUUCAAAGGAUUGACCAAGAAGCAGAUACGAACUAACGAGAAACAAAAAGAGUCAAAAAACAAAAAAAAGAGGAAGAAAUUCAAGAAGAAAGGAAAGAGGAAUUUAAAAGCGGAACUAAUGAAAAGAAGAAGGAUGGAGAGGGAAAAAUGGUCAGUACACCUUGGAAAUCAUUGGUGUCUGGAGGUGAUUAAUCUCAAAAGAAAAGAGAUUGCCUAUUUUGACAGUCUUAUGAAGGACAAUCCCCAAUAUUUGCGAUCCAUGAUGCAAUAUUUGAUGAUAGAGGCUAAAAAUAAAAAGGAAAAGGAAAUUGAUGAGCAACAAUGGACAAUGAUAACACGGAAGGAUAUACCAAAGCAAGAAAACACACAUGAUUGCGGGGUUUUUGUGUGUGCGUUUGCCCGAUGCGCAGCGUUCAACCAAGAAAUACGCUUUCGACAGGAAGACAUACCCGAGAUGAGGGACAAAAUCAUACGGGAACUGCAAGAAGGGAAGCUGUUAUAA